AUGAUAUGGAGAGAGGAAAGAUACACCGAUAUUUGUAUUGUAUUAUACUCUUAUAUUUCACAGAAACAUGGGUUAUUAGCUUUUCAAGAUGCUUUAGCUUUGGAGAAGAUCGUGAGUCAAAGUCUGGAAGGAAUUAUCGCAGAAGAUGACUUUCAGUUGAACCACUUCAUUGAAAACGAAUAUCUGGACGAGCAAGUUGAUACCAUUAAAAUCCUUGGUGACUAUGUCCGGCAGCUGGAAAUGUUUUCCGAUGAUCAAUAUACUCUGGGUCAAUACAUAUUUGACAAGAAUUUAUUAAAAUCUUUAAAACAUGGAAAAGAUAAAGAAGAUAUGACCAAGCAAUAUUAAUUCCACUUAUAAAUAUUUACAAUAUAUGGUAUUCAAGGAUUAAAAGUGUAGUAAACGC